AUGGACCUACUCCCCAACAGCCCCGAAAGCAUCUGGAAGCUCGGAAUCGUCUUAAUAAUUGCCAUAGGCGCCUACCUGACCACUUCUCGAUCCUCCAUCCCAGUCUUGCGCAGACUCUCCCUACGCGGCCGCAGAGACUCUACAGCCAAAACGCCCCCGCGAUCGUUAUCGCCAGAUAAUAAGCGCAGCACAUCGCCUCCCGAAAGCUACAGCCAUGUCCUCCCACCCCAUCGUAGAGAGUCGCUCCUCCAGCUCCAAGCACACUGUUUCCGCUGGCGCAAUGUCACCGAAGCAGAAGUGCGCCAGAACAUCUUGCCCAUGACCGCAGACUAUAUGACCAGCCCAGGCAACCUGUACACUCCCACUGGAUUUACGGUAGAGCAAGUGAAAACCCUUGGAGACUUCCCAGACUAUGCAACCUUAUGCGGAGUCCCGCUCCCCAAUCCAUAUCCCGAACAUAACAUCGAGAAGGCGCUGCCUCGCCCAUUCAGGCCAUUCCGCUGGACGUAUCAUCAGACCAUGUCACUGACCAAACUCGAAACCGACUGGUGGAUUGAGCUGGAAAAUACCUACAAAAGCCGCAUUGCGCAGCGGAAGGCCCUCUACGCCAAACACGGCAAAGCGGUUCUCGAUGCCCUGCCGGGCUCUGAACUCGCCUGCAAGGAGCUCAUGGAGAUGGUGCUCCAGUUUGUCUGCGCUCGAUACCCGCAAUAUUUCUCCGUGGUGGACAAGCGGAUUCUACAGAACCGCAUUCUCGAAACAGAGCAGGAUAUCCGAUCCAAGCCUCCCCUGGAGAUCCUCAUUGACAACAUCCCCGAAGACUUUGCCAUAAUGCUCCGCGACGAUCAAACGGGGUAUUACUUCAUGCGGGCGGGCGUGAUAUGCUCGGCAUUGGGAUGGAACGUGGGAUCCAAAAUUGGGAAGCAAUUACACGAGAUCCACGCGCCGAUUCCUGACUAUAAAGAGAAGAUGCAGUUCUCUAUGGAUCGGUUUUUCACGAAGAUGCCGACGGACAAGCCCAUCCAACGGGGCUCGUGGGGUCUCGAGUGCAACUUGCGCGUCGACUGGCAGACUCUGCGUCGUCUCCCUAUCUCUGCGGGCGUUGUGUUCAAUUUCAAGGCCCUCUUCACGCCUGUCUCCGAGUUCCGGGAUGAACCCGGCGUUCCUGCUUUGAUUGCUAAGGUCUUGAAAGAGGGAAAGGAGAGCCUGAUGCGGUAUAAGGGCACUUGGCACGUUCAGCAUGUUAUACUUCCGAAGUUGGAGGAAUGGACGAAGGAGCAGGAAGAUCUGGGUAUCAUGCCGAAGGGGUGGGAGGUGACUACUCUGGAUGAAAGUCCUUGGUUCCGGAAUUGGGAAGAGAAAUGGCAUCGUCAGCAAGGUUUUUGA